GUACUAAUGGCGUUCAUUUUGCUAGUAAAUAUUCAGUAUAUUUAAAUUUUAUAAAUAUAAUGUAAAUGUGGUUAUUACAUAUAUACGGUAUUUAAUGUAUGGUUUUACACUUCGUCUAGAAAUAGUGCUUACUUGGAAAGUGUCACAUCAUUAUUAAUGACGUGGAUUUAGGUUAGGUUAUGUGCAACGUUACAAUUUACAUCCAAAUCGUAUCGAAAUAUUAGCACAAAAGUAAUUUAAAAAUUCAUCAUUAAACACAAAUUAUAAAUAAUGUUCGAAGUCACAGACACACAAAAAAUUGGAGUAGGACUUGUUGGAUUUGGAAUAGCUUUUCUUUUCCUUGGAGUUUUAAUACUCUUUGACAAAGGUCUUCUUGCUAUUGGAAACAUUUUGUUUAUAUCUGGAUUAGCAUGUGUUAUUGGACCAAAGAGAACUCUCAGCUUUUUUUUCCAAAAACAUAAAAUAAAAGCUAGUGCUUCAUUUUUAGGAGGCAUUAUUGUUGUACUUUUAGGUUGGCCUAUUAUAGGCAUGAUUAUAGAAACAUAUGGUUUUAUAUUAUUAUUCAGUGGUUUUCUCCCAGUUGCAAUUAAUGUUUUACGGAAGGUACCUGGUUUAAGAAUUAUUUUAAAUUUGCCAGGUAUAUCUCGAAUGUUGGAUGUUGUUGCAGGAGAUCCAAAUAGAACAACUGUAUGAUAUGUUUUUUAAUGUUACCGCUCAAAUCAUUGUAUAUAAGAUCCACUAUUUUAUAUUAUACCCCAAAAUUUCUGAUCAUUCCCUUCUCAAA